AUGAGCCUUUCGGUUAGGGAUGCUCGGGGAUUUGUUCUCGGGUUGACCAAGCGUAUUCUGCUUGGGCUCGGGUCCUCCAUCCGAAGCCGACUGGGCUAUAAGUCUGACUUGACUUGCCCACCGCCAACUAGCAAUGGUAUCCUUUCAUAUCUGGCCUAUCUCUUACAUCAAGCCAUCCAGAUGACAACUUUCGACUUGAACGACGUCGCGACGGCUCUCCGCACAGCCCGUGCUGAAGUGAGGCCUAUCGACGCACCUACGAAGACCUGGCCUAGUCUUAACGCGGACAUGGCAUUCAAAGUUCAGCAAAUCAACUCCGGGCAGGCCAUACAGAACGGUGACCGACUCGUGGGAUACAAGCUUGGCAACAUCGCAAAGGUCAUGCAGGCGGCGUUUGGCCUAGACCACCCCGACUAUGGCUUUUUGCACGCAAGCACCUUCAUGUACGAGGGCACGACGAUCUCCCUAAACAGAUUCAUCAAACCGUUUGUCGAACUCGAGCCCGCAUUUGUGCUGCGGAGUUCUCUGAAGGGCCCUAACGUCACAGUUGCGGACGUUAUUAGUGCCAUUGACUAUGCCAUUCCUGCAAUUGAGAUCAUCGACUCGCGCGUCAAAGGUUGGGAGAUUGAUCUUCCGGAUACAUUAGCCGAUAAUGGGUCAACGGGUGCGGUCAUCAUAGGCGGAACGCCUCGAAAGCUCACGGAUCUCACACUCAGCAAUACACGGGGUUUCUUGAAGUUCAACGGCGAGGAGGUGAUGUCAGGAAACACGAAGAAUAUCCUGGGCAAUCCCCUGUCGGCUGUCGCGUGGUUGGUAAACAAACUGGCGGAGUAUGAUAUCGAGUUCAAGGCCGGGCAACUCAUCAUGCCGGGGAGCUGCUUGGAGGCCGUUCAGAUGGACAAGCCUGGAAAAUGGACAUGCACCUAUGAAAACUGGGUACAAAUAAUAUCUCAGUUUCUGUGGUAUCGAAUUCGGCAUAUGCUCCGAGUCAUGGUGAAAUAUGGAUGUCGAUCCUAUGUCGAGACAAGUCCCGUGCCAAAUGGCGUCUACAGCCUGUCUAGCGAAAUGGAAUCCAUCAUUCACAGCGUGAUCCUUGUUGGCAGCGCUGAAUCGGAGAGUCAAAAGCAAAGCAAUUGCCGGAAGAUCUCGAGGAUCGUGGAUUGA